AUGUCGUCCUCGACGUCGUACGUCCCGCGGGGCCCGAUCGAGCGCGCGCGCGUCGCCGUCACGGGCGCCAAUCGCGGGAUCGGGCUCGAGCUCUGUAAAGCGCUGCUCGCGCGCGAAAACGUCGUCGAGGCGGGGUGUCGACGCGCGAGCGACGCACUGCGCGCGCUCGAGCGCUCGAGCGAUGGACGGUUGAUCGUCAGCGAGGGCGUGGACGUCGGCGACGACGCGGCGAUCGACGCGUGGGCGAGGGCGAUGACGACGCGGGGACGACGACUGGACGUCGUCGUCAACAACGCGGGCGUCGUCGGAACGAACGGGUACGACGCGUGGGAUUUAGAGACGACGACGGCGGAGGAGAUGAUGUACGUGUUUAAAAUUAAUUGCGUCGGGCCCACGCUCGUGGUUCGAGCGCUGCUGAGACACGGAUUGAUCGGCGCGGACGCGAACGCGCCGUCGCUCGUGGGCAACGUGACGUCCAAAGUCGGAAGCGUCGAGGACAACGGAUCGGGUCGAGGAUACAGCUAUCGCGCGUCGAAAUCGGCGUUGAACAUCGUCACGAAAUCUAUGUCCAUCGAUUUAGCGAGCCGAGGCGUGCAUUUCGCGCUUUUACACCCCGGCUGGGUGAAAACGGACAUGACGGAGAGCAGAGGCCUCAUCGACGCCGAAGAGUCGGCGCGCGGUCUCAUCCGCGUUUUGCAGGGCGAAUUCGGCGAUUGCGAGCGGUUUUGGUUCGAUUACAAGGGCGACAAGAUUCCUUGGUAG